AUGUCGUUACCCCGUGAGUGGAGCUUCCUUCAACAGGAAGCGAGAUCCUCAGUGGAUGUACGACAUUUUAAAAUGGGAUCACAGGAGUAUAAUAUCAGUGGCAGUACAUCGGCAGUGGUCAACGACGAAAAUUUGAAUCAAAACUUAUUGGGAUCAUUGUUUUCAAUUCAUUCAGCUCCAGUUUAUGAUUUGAAUACCCAUAAAGUUUCACCAACUCGGCCAUCUGCAUCAUUAGUUCAAGCGACAGCUAUAUCGACGCCAGUUGUUCCACCGCAUUUGAGUCCCGACGUUGAUGAUGAAGACAAUGACAAUUUAUUAACCAUUUCAAGUCUCACAGCACGACCUCUAAUUGCCAAAUCUCGUGAAAUACGAUCCUCCAAAAAAUCUGCCAAUAGAAAAAAACCUAAAGACCAUAAAAGACCUAAUAAUGCCACUUUGGUUCCCUUGGAUGGUGGUUACGGCUGGGUUAUUGUUGGAGGAGCUUUUUUCGUUCAAUUUUGGGUCGCCGGACUUGUUAAAUCUUAUGGUGUAUUAUACGUCGAGGUAAUGGAAACCUUCAAAGAUUCAACAGCUGCAGUUGCCUCAUGGAUUCCCGCUAUUCUCUCUUGCCUUUGUCUUGCUCUAGCGCCAGUUACCAGCGUGCUAUGCCAAAAAUACAGUUGCCGUUUAGUUGUCUUUAUAGGUGGUUUAUUCUGCGCUCUCGGAUUAAUAAUAACAUACUUUGCUACAAGUCUAAUCCAUUUAUUUUUUACGUUUGGAGUAUUAACUGGAAUCGGAGGUGGUUUAUCAACAACUCCUGGAAUAAUAAUAGUUUCACAAUAUUUUGACAAGCAUCGCGCAUUGGCAAAUGGAAUUUGUGUUUCUGGUACAGCUGCUGGAAGCUUCGUAUUUCCAUUACUGAUUGAAACACUUGUGGCUAAUUUUGGAUUUCAUGGUACUAUUUUAUUACUGGGUGGUUGCAUGCUCCACGUUUGUGUGUCGGCAACACUAUAUCGCCCGUUGGAAGAUAAUCCAUCUGCAAUAGUUAAAUCGAAAAAUUUUGAAAUAAAAGAAGAAUCAAUCGCCGUUACAAUGCCAAAACAACAAAAACUCGAACUGAUUUUUGCAAAUGAAAAAACAGAAAAAAAUUUAUUGAAUGAUUUAUUUCAUAAAAAUGUUAAUUCUGUUGAGUUAACAGACAGUGAAGAAGAAAAAGAUAUACUGGGUGAAGGUUUAAAAAUGAAGCCAAUAUCAAAAAUACGAAGUUCUAGUAUUUUGCAUAGCGUUGAAGAUUUAUCAACAGAUUCAACGUGUGUGUAUAAAGCUCGAGUAUCAUCAAAAUCUUUGAAAUUAUCAUCUGCACCUAUUGUGAAUUCACCAUGUGCUAAGGAACCACCAGUUACUGAUGAUAAAAUCAUCGAACACAAUAGUAAAUUAUAUAAAAAAAUAAUGAGAUAUUUGGACAUCAGUCUGCUGAAAAAUCCACAAUUCAUAAUGAUGUGUCUCUCUGUUAGUUUAAUGAGUACUGGAAGUCCGUACAUGUUAUAUUACUUGCCAGCUUAUGUGCAUGCCGCAGGAUAUACUAAAUCAGAAGCUGGAUAUUUAGUUGCUAUUUCUGCAGCGCUCGAUCUUUGCGGACGCUUAGGGCUUGGUUGGUUGUCUGAUUUACAACUUUUUGACCGAAGAAAAGGUUAUAUUGGAAGCAUUGUUGGUGCAGGAGUUGCUGUAUUGGCAAUUCCGAUGGCACAUUCGUUUUACGUACUAGCUUGUUCAGUGGGAAUGUAUGGAUUAUGUCUUGGAUGUUGGUUUUUAUUGGUACCAGUUCUUCUUGCCGAUCAAUACGGUACCGACAAAAUAUCUUCAAGCUAUGGGCUUGUUAGAAUGUUUCAAAGUGUUGGAGCAAUUUCAGUUCCACCACUUGCUGGUUAUCUUCGAGAUGUUACUGGAAGUUAUAGUGUUUGUUUUUUCUGUAUGGGCACUUGUAUGGUACUUGGUGGUUUACCUUUAUUACUUGUGCCUGUUGAUACUCAAAAACUCAGUAAAUUAAAAGUAAAUGCCCCGUCGAAUAUUAAAACUACACAAAUAAAUCAAGAUCAAGACAACUAA